UCCACCACAGGAGGGACAACAACGACAACAGCAGGAACUACUACAACUGUAGGAACCACAUCCGACACAGAAGGGACAACUACUACAACAGCAGGAACUACUACAACUGUAGGAACCACGUCCACCACAGAAGGGACAACUACGACAACAGCAGGAACUACCACAACUGAAGGAACCACAUCCACCACAGAAGGGACAACUACUACAACAGCAGGAACUACUACAACUGUAGGAACCACGUCCACCACAGAAGGGACAACUACGACAACAGCAGGAACUACCACAACUGAAGGAACCACGUCCACCACAGAAGGGACAACUACUACAACAGCAGGAACUACUACAACUGAAGGAACCACGUCCACCACAGAAGGGACAACUACGACAACAGCAGGAACUACUACAACUGUAGGAACCACAUCCACCACAGAAGGGACAACUACUACAACAGCAGGAACUACUACGACUGCAGGAACCACGUCCACCACAGGAGCGACAACUACUACAACAGCAGGAACUACUACAACUGAAGGAACCACGUCC